UUUCAGUCAAAAGUUCUGCAGAAGCUUUACCCUGCAUCUGCUAAACCAGUGAAGGACCACAACCCUCCAAAAGUAGUCGAACUCCAAACAACUGCUGUGAAAAGAAAAACUUCUGGACAGGGUGGAGGAAAGACACAGAGACCAGCCAAGCCUUGCCCACGGAUGUACACCGUCUUACCCCCACCCCCAGAGUACAAUAUAAAUCCAGUCGCUCUUCCCCAGCUAGAAAGCGUCAAUUGUGCAAAAGAUCCAGCUGAGGACAGUGUCCAUGAAAGCCAUGACGAGCUGGGAGGUGAAAAAAGAGCAGAGGAGCAAAAAAGGAGGAGAAGAAGAAAGAAGAAGCCCGCCCCACCUCGAUGCUCUGGGAAUGACGGGGCAGCAGAGGGUGAGUCCAGCACAGGUCAGAGCCAGGCGCCUGUGGACGAAGGAGGGGAACACGUGAGCAAAAACAAGAGGAGAAAGCUAAAGAAGAAAAGGCACAAAGAGAAGAUGAUCUCUCUGGGACUUUUCCCCCGAGCCUCUGCACUGGAGUUCACCUACCAUAAAGAUGGAGGGGAGAACAAGGAGGGAGAUAACAAGGGAGGAGUUGCUGAGUUGUCAGACUUCCUAAAGAGGACAGUGGAAAUCUAUAUGUCAGAUAACUCACUGCGUGAAGCUAAGGUCCCACACCUGUCUGUCACGGUGGACGACCUUCUGGUCAGCAUAGCCAGUGGAAGUAAGCCCGACUGUGUCCUGGAGCAGCUAUGCUGCUUGAAGGCCUUAGCUCAGCGCAGAGACACGGACGGUCUUCAAAAGGCCCUGGACGAGCUCGGCCACAACCCCUCGAUGGCUGCA